GUACUGCACCGUCGUUACGAGUCCAACUGGAGAAGGCAGGGGGAGCGACGCAUCAUUGCAGUAUAGUGCCAUAACACACACACGGGCGAAACUACCGCACUUCUCACAACAAGACGCACGUCCGCCUGGAGAGAAGGGGGGGACAGACAGAAACCAGAGAGAGAGAGAGACAGAGACAGAGAGAGUUCAAACUGCGUUUUCAUGACUGGACUUUUUUUUCUCCUCAAAACUGCAAACGUUUGCUGUAGUGUUUAGCUCUUAAAGGAGGCAACUCACAUCAAGCCAAUCACUGUCGUGUGUUUGUGCAUCCAGUUCAUUUGAGCGUCUGUUCAGGACUCAGCAUCCUCUGGAAUAACCGGAUCGCGGUCUCGCAGGCGCUCUUGGAUUUCUCUUUGAAUGGAUUAUAGGAUAGAAGUACUUUUCUCUUGAGAUUACAUCGCGGUCUCCUCACUUUCUGCUGUUGUGUCAGUGAAUUAUUGCCUGACCCGUGUCUUGGUAUUGCGGUAGGCUACUUCGCUGACUGCCUGCGAUAUAAAUGCAUCGCUAGAAGAUUAGCUCCACUGCACCAAGAUCCUCUGCCUCUGUUCCCUGUCAGCGCGCCACUUUAAUCACUCCGACCCUCCCCCUCCCGUCUCACUCCCCGUCACCCUCCUCUGCUGUCCGUGAGUCAGUUCCAAACAGCUGCAUAGAAGAUGUCUGCCCCAGAUGCUGCCGCACCAGCUGGAGCCCCUGGUGCUCCAGGAGCUCCUGGCGCAGACGGUGGCCCAGCCGGCCCACCUGCCGCCCCACCCAACACCACCAGCAACCGCAGGCUACAACAGACACAGGCCCAAGUCGAGGAGGUGGUGGAUAUCAUGCGGGUGAAUGUGGACAAGGUGUUGGAGAGGGACCAGAAGCUUUCAGAGCUGGAUGACAGGGCAGACGCUCUCCAAGCCGGAGCCUCUCAGUUUGAAAGCUGUGCAGCCAAGCUCAAGAACAAGUACUGGUGGAAGAACUGCAAGAUGAUGAUCAUGAUGGGCAUCAUUGGAGUCAUUGUGGUUGGAAUAAUAUUCUUGUACUUCUUCUACUGAGCUCCUCACAAAACGAUAUGGACUUCAGAAUGAUAUAAAAGAGAGAAGAGGAAAAAAACCCACCAUAAAUCCAAGCGCCCCUCAAUCUUCCCCUUUGAUCCGUCCUCUCCUCCCUCUCUUCACAGUCUUCCAUCAAACCAUCUUGCACUCAUACAUGACAGUAGUGUUUAGGUGUCUCUGUUCUCUUCAUCCUCCGUUCCUUCCCUUCUUGUUACUUUCUCUUUCUUCCACUGUUUUGGCGUGGCGGUCUCACUCACUCUCUCCUGUCUCUGCACCUCAUGCAUUAUUGAAGGAUGCAGCAGGGAGAGAGAAAGAGGGGGGUGGGACAGGGGAGGAGGGAGAGAAAAUCCUUGUGACACAGGAACACGCAGGGCUUUGCCCACUGACAGGGGAUACUGAGCUGGAGGGAAUGAACAAAAUCAUGGAAGCAGACAAAGGAAGAGGGAUGGUGAAUGUGUGCAGGGAGAUAAAACAAGAUAUCGCAGCUCUUUCUAUCCCAGAUAUGCCAAAGCUUGUUCAUUUUACCUUUUUGACAGUGUCUUACAUUUGUAAAUUGAUACUGACAUGCCUAACUGACCUACCCCUCCUAACACUACUGCUACGAUCAUCACUACUUACUAACACAAGGCCAUGGUAAGACUAAGAUUCUGAUCAUUUUUGUUGUAUGUGUGUGUGUCCAUUUGUGAUCCAGAGCAUUGUAGCCAAUAGCUUUUUCCAGGUUUAGCUGAUAAGCCUUCACAGGCAAUUAUUUCUUUUCCUUUCCUGCCUUUCUCUCACUUAGUCUCUUAUUUCUGGAAGGCUAAGUGUAGACAUAAUGGCAAAAAAAAAAAAAAAAAAAAGAAAUGUGAAGACGGGAACUGUGAGAGCAUAAGGAAAGGGAAGAGCAGUUGAGGAAAAGGUAGGGAGACCAUUGUGACACCUUAUCCCAUAUAGAUAAGUGAAACCUUGUUUUGGACUGAGAAGCAAUUAUAGAUUAAGUGAGUCUGUGACGAGCAGCAUAGUGUUAUGCACAGCAGGAGAAACAGACAAGCCACUAACAGACAAUCUCUCUACACAUGGAUUUACCACUCUGACGCAGAGUAAAGUCUCUUUUAACUCUGAGUUAGACAGAGCCACAGCCAUAGACAGAUGAAUGUGUGAUGUCACAUUUUGAACAGGUACAAAUGGUCUUGUUGUUCUGAACUUUGCAAUGACACAUUGGUUGUUUGUUUGUCGUCUAAGCUGACUUAAUCUUCAAAAAACAGGAAAGUGGGAGAAAGGACAUAACCAAGAAAGCCACCGCCACUUGGCCAACCCACUCCUCCCCUCUCACUCAAAUAGAAAAAAAAAAAGACUCACAUUGUCACUUAAGGUACGGUAAGGGCCAAAAGGACGUAUUUGUUUCUAACUUGCAUGGCAAACAGUGUCCAUAGUUUUGCCUAUUUGUGUGACCUGUGUAUCUGCCAUUUCUGAAACUAACUGCCGAUUGUACAUUUUCUUUUGUUAGUGGUUUCAAGGACCUGUGUAUAAUGUAUCUCUGAUCUGGUAAUUACUGCGUAUGCAAUGCAAUGAUGCUCAAAAGUUUGCCAAAAUUUUGUUAAAUUCACUUGCUUUUGAGGGAAAAAUAAUAUUCAAACAGAGAACUGCUACAAUAGUAUCCUGUUAAAACAUGUAGUACUGUAUGAGUAGAACCAUAGUCCACCUCUGCCAGUUUACGCUCCUGAGAAUGUCUUUAUAGAUUCUUUCAAGUUUUGGGGGGGGCUGUUGGAUAAAAUGGAAAAGCUCAUUUUCCUUCUACGACUGAUUUUGAGAGUUGAAAAAAAAAAGAAAAAAA